GCGUGCACUCGUCUCUGGGAAACGCGAGCAGGGCAGGGACGCGGGCCGCCGCGCCGUCGGCGACAUCUUGCUCGGGAGGAAAGCGCGGGGGAGGGCGGGCCGCUCGGAGCUGCAGCGCCCAGCGCGCGUUGGACCGGCCGGGCGCCGCGGGGCGGGAGACGCAGGGCCAGCGCGGGGCGGCACCCAGGAGGCGGCGGCGGCUCGGAGCGGCGCGCACUCAGCCUGGCGGGAGGCACCAUGUCCCCGGGGAGCGGGGUGAAGAGCGAGUACAUGAAGCGCUACCGGGAGCCGCGCUGGGACGAGUACGGGCCGUGCUACCGCGAGCUGCUGCACUACCGCCUGGGCCGCCGGCUGCUGGAGCAGGCGCACGCGCCCUGGCUCUGGGACGACUGGGGCCCGGCCGGAGCCUCGGACGACUCGGCGUCAUCGGCGUCGUCCGGCGCCGGGGGCCCCGCGCCCCAGUGCGCCCCCGCCUCGCCACCCGCCGAGCCCGCGGCGCCGGAGGGGCCGGAACGGCGGGCGCGCGGGCCGGCGGAGGAGCGGGGCGCCGAGGCGGCGGAGGCCGAGGAGGCCCGGGACGCGGAGAGCGUGGAGGAGGCGGCCGCUGCGGCUCUGCCAGCACUGCCAGUGAAAGAUACAAAAGAAAAACCUGAACAACAGAUCAGAACAAAAGAGACUGACAAGUUACCUAGCAGUACUGAACCUCGACAGCAACAAAGUGCCUUAUUUGCGAGAGGAAAUAGGAAAGCAGUCAAAAGUCCUCAAAGAUCAUCAAGUAAAAUAAAAGAGAACAAGCAUCCGUUUGCCCUUUAUGGGUGGGGAGAAAAACAGACGGAUACAGGAAGCCAAAAAACUCACAACGUCUGUGCUUCUGCUCCGGUGCAUGAGAUUCAUGAAUCAGCAUUACGAGCCAAGAACAGAAGGCAGGUGGAAAAAAGGAAACUGAUGGCUCAGAGGCAGCGUGCUCACUCCGUAGAGGUGGAGAAGAACAGAAGGAUAAAGCCUUCCCCCUCCGAGAACCCGUGGAUGACAGAAUAUAUGAGAUGCUACUCAGCACGAGCCUAAAGGCAGAAACGGUUGCUGGGACAGCCUCUUCGAAAAAGUGUAAAUGAAAGAAAGAAGAAACAGAACAAAAGAAAAACCAUCUAAAGACAACAGACACAGGUUUAAGAAACCAGUGGAGGACGCAAGGUUUUUCGUGGGGAAUUUCCUAAAGACUGCUAUUUCGAUAGAUCCUGGUCACCUACCUCAGCUGUAGGGCGACAGUUGAAGCCAUAGACAUUUGGUUAUUUCUGAAGCUAAUUCCCUAUUUGAUAUUCUUAUAAGGGUUUUGUUUUAAAGCAUCUUAAUCUUUUCAGACACCAACACCGAAUGCCUUUAAAUGGCUACAGAUGCUUAACACUCAGUAUUUUCAUCAGAUUAGCUGGAGCCUGUUUUCACCCUGUUCUCAUCACUUUCCAGAUUCCAUAGCCCGUAAGGUCAUUCCGACUUGCAGCUUUAGACCCAUUUUCCUUUUGUGGAGUUUUCUUUGUGAAAGAAUAGCUUGUCAACUGAGUUUUCAACACUAAUAUUGACUCGUUGUGUAGUGAAACCAGAACUUACUUGUGUUUCAGUUUCGGGACCACGUCACAGAGACUGUGAUAUUUAAGAAUUGUCUGUGUUGGGGGAGGGUCCUCUUUUCUCUUUAGGAUGUCACUGAGGCACUUAUUAUCUCAUAGUUUAAUAGAUCGAAUGCAUUCCAAUGACUGAAGUGCCAGUGCUGUGUCUUUAGAGUAGUAUUGAAACUUUUUUUUUAUUAUUAUUGCAACUUUUUUUUUCUUUAAACACAUAACUGGGAAUCAGUUCCUUGCCGCAGUGUGGCCUUUCGGCACAUAUGCACUGUGGGCUUUUGCCUCUUCUAGAAUAGUUGGCGAUGACAUUUAGAACUUACAGUGUGAAAUUUCAUUUAAUUAUGUUGAGAUUGUCUUGCUCACUGGGGGCAGGGGGCAAAUAUUAAGGUACCAAUUAGAGAUGUGGCCUACCCCUCCUUUCUGUAAUUUCUCCUCUACAGACUCAUUCAUAAUAAAGCCUCAUACAUUAUUCAGACUUCUGGCCGAAACGCGUUACUCCCAGCCGGUAGAUGUUACAGAGAACUUACAGUGGGAGAAUAGUAGUGUGUCGAGGCACAGUUGUGAGUGUGUAAGCCAAGUGCUCCUUCCCUGGUACAUUUGCUCUUGGGGUAGAAAAAUGGUUUUGAGAAACACUGGUUUCUAUCCAGCAGAGACAGGAAUCUACAGGAAGGAUGAGUCCUAAAUUCUCUAUAAGAGAGGAAAGAGGUCUUUGCCUAGGCCAGGUUGUCACCUGGAGAUGGGCAAAUAAAAUUUGCCAUUAGAUGUGAGGUUGAACAUUUCCUUGAUAUUUUUACUCUGUAUCUUUGAAGUAUUAUGGUCAAUUUUUACUUUUUUUUUUUUUAAGUAGGCUCCACCCCCAACAUGGGGCUUGAACUCAUGACCCUCAGAGCAAGAGUCGCAUGCUGUACUGACUGAGCCAGCCAGGUGCCCCUAUUGUCAAUUUUUAGAACACAAAUAUGUUUUAUUCCACAUAAAGUCUUCACACAGUGUCAUCUUACAACUGUACUGAGCUUUGACAACUCACUUAAGAAUCAUGAGCUUUAAAAAAAAAACAAACUUUUUAAAUAUUUGCAUUGUUUUGAAGUGAAUUCUUUUACAUGGAGAGCUCUCCUAAUCAUUGAGAUGUAUAUUUAACAGGAAGUUCUAUAUGUUGGUCCAAACAACCUUGCUAAUAAUUCUGGUGAAUGUUGCUGUAAUUAUUAUUAAAGUCCUUAAACACUGCAGGUACCUAAAGAUCCAAUUAAUGUGGCAUUGUGAUGGUGUAACUGAUUGUAAAAACUGUUCCUUUCUAACCACUUCUUGCAUGUUUGGUUUUAGCCAUGAAGCUCAAGUGUUCCUGUUGCACCGGACAAUCUUAGGGAAGCUAGCCUUGGGAGUAGCUCAGGCCCCACGCUGACGGGCUGCCUUAGAAACCCAACUUCCUCAGGCUUUGACCAAGCCAGACUCUCUCCUUUAGAGAACAGACUCGUAUUUAAUGUGCUUACUACUGAAAAGUCCAGAUAGAGAUAAAACCUAGAAGGCAAUAUUGGCCAGUUGUCCCCCUUUUUAAGUAGAGGACAAAUGAACAAGCUUUUUAAAGUACUUUUAAUGUGCAAUGAACAAUGAAUAAAUUAAUCUGAAUUAAUUGUGAGUGCCCAUCCCAUGCCCGAGUCAUUAGUUGGUUAGGGUGUCUUUUCUUUUUAGGGGUGGAAAUUACCCUUUGAGCCCAUGGUGUUUUUCAGUGGUAACAAUUUGAUGCUCUUACUUUUUCCUUCUCACUCUAGAAACAAAUGUAUUUGUAACUAUGUUCCUAAAUCAUGGGCCAAGUUGGAAGACAGGAAGAUAGUUUAAAAUUACCUUUCCUGUUGAAAAAUUUGAAACUGUUUGAGAAUCCAGGGACACUUAGAAAGAUUAGAACAAAAUAAUGGCUACAUAAGACUCUCUCUUUUAAAUUUUGGUUUUAAAAUUAAAACAAAACCGUUGGCCAUAAACAUGUUUUCUGUGUUACUUUUAUCAAAAGCAGUAAUAGAAUAUUGAAUAACAUCUAGCACUCUGCUGGGCCAAGGUGAAUGAGAAGUAAAUAGGAAUCUAUUCUUUCUUUUUCUUUUAAAACCUAAAAGGCUGCUCUUAUUUAGGAGGUAUCAAGAUACUUUGGUACUUCUGGUUUUAUACAUACAUAUAUAUAUGUACUCCUCCACCACCAUGACAUUUCUAAGCACACGUACACAUUUUUUAAAGUUUACUGAACAUAUAGUAGGGUGUAGGUUAUCUUAAUUGCUCAUGAUGUAGUAGGCACAUAUUUAUGGCACUUCAUAUGUAAUAGCUUUGUCAUUGUUUCAUUAAAUAGAAAUUGCUAAUAACUUGAAAGGUGUAUAUGCAAGGUCACUCCACCUCGGUCAGCUAAAUUGCAUGAAAGGUGUCUGAGUUGUUAGAACUCACUUUCCAGAACAGAAUUCUGUGCUAUUGGCAGGGUUUAAAAAAAUCUGCAGUGAUUCCCCUCCUUUUAACUCGAAAUGCUGUACUGAGCAUAAACUUUAAAAAGGGAAUGUUAUAGUAUUUGGUAUUUAAAAUGUUUAAAAGCAUUAUUGGCAAAGAGGGAGAGAGGCAAAGCAUAUGUUGGAAGUGAAAACUUUUCUUGUUGACUGCUUCAGUAAAAAAAUAGUUUCGUGGAUAUUUUUACCCUGGACUAGAUUAAAAAUGGUGCUAAUGUUUAUUUAUCUUGAUUCUGUAUUUGUUUUGAUAUUAAAAUGCUAAUGCCUGACUCAUAAGGUCCUUACUAUAGUCUGGUGAUAAGUUACUUAAUAUUUAAAAAGGGAUCCUAAAAAUGUGACCUGAUCAUUUCAAAAUGUUUGCAUUUGAAAUGGAUUUUUAUACAACAGAAUGAGUAGGGAGUCAUUCGGUGUAAGUAUAUGCUUAAUACCAAAGUAUAUGCAAGGAACUAUGUCUAGAUUAUUGGCCCAGAUUUGCUCCCUUCAAGCCUCCUAGUGUGAGAUAGAAAUAAGUUGCUUCUUAAAUACUUAUUUCCAUUUUGGAAGGACACCUGCAUGAAGACAUUAGAAGCCUCUUUUUGGAUUUCUUUUAUAAUUAGCAAAACUGUACUUAAGAACAGUCUCCCCAUGUUGUUGUAUGUUUGAGUACGGACUUCACUUUAACAUUCUGAAGGAACAAAAGCUGGGCAUCUGUAAUCACAAAGCUCAGGCAAUGAGAAUUUUGGGUUGUAUUUUCUAAGAACUAUGUAUUGCUUUUAGCUUAUAUUUAAUAUUGCAAUUACUUGGAAAAUGUGAAUAAAGUUAAUAUU